AUGUAUAACAUAUUUAUAACACUAAUUGUUUGUGUAUUUUGCGGUACACAAGCAACCAAAAUACCGGAUCGAUUGCUUAACAAUGGUAUGAAAAUACCGAUCGUGGGUUUGGGAGCCAUGGAUAUCACGGAACAAGCGGUUAGAGAUGCUAUUGAUUUGGGUUAUCGACACAUCGAUACAUCACAUAACUAUCAUACGUCGGACAAAAAGAAUUGGUCAGAGAUUAUCAUUGGAAAGGUAUUGAAUGAUGUGUUCAAAACGGGAAAAAUCAGACGACAGGAUAUGUUUAUUGUUAGUAAACUGGAGGCUGACUAUCAUCAGCGACAACGGGUUGUGGUUGGGAUUAAAGAGACACUUACUAAUCUGGGACUCGACUAUUUGGAUAUGUAUUUAGUACAUCACCCAAAUUCGUCAGCACCGGUCAACAUCAGUAUUACUGAGACCUGGCAGGGAAUGAUCGAUGUUUUGCAAGCCAACCUCACCCGAUCAAUAGGUGUAUCCAAUUUUAAUGAACAACAAAUCGAUGAAAUUAGUAAAUUGGGUGUUAUACCGGUCACCAAUCAGGUGCUCUGCAAUCCAUAUGUCGUACAGAAGCCGCUAUUGGCCUAUUCAGACAAACAUUAUACUACACUGACCGCAUACUCGCCGAUAGGCGGUUCCCGAUAUCCGAACCUAUUAAAGGAUCCCAAACUUGUUGAGAUUGCCGGCAAACAUAAGAUAACGGCGGCUCAGGUGGCGCUCAAAUUUCAAGUACAAAGGGAUGUCAUAGUUAUUCCCAAAGCAAAUACAUUAAAAUAUUUGAAAGAAAAUUUGGAUUUAUUUUCGUUUUCAUUGACUGAUCAGGAAAUUAAAGAUAUCGAAGCUUUGAAUAAAAGAAAUUAA